AUGCCGUCUUCCCAAGCACACGACCCCCUCGAAGUUAACUUCGACCCACGAACAAGUAUGCCCGCCAGUGAUUCGGUUCAGUACGUCGCUCCUACGUUGGAGGUCACACUCGCACGUACAGGCUCUCAGAAUACAGAAGAAUCUAGUCAGGGCCCAUCUUUUGACGGACAAACCAAAGUUGAGACCACACUCGACAUCCCAACACAGGUGUCAUCCAAAGAAUCCCCAUUUGAGCCCCAAGAGCCACCUUCUCGCUCGUCAGCUCCGUCUCCUGCUCCCACCGAAAUCAUCCCCCUGGACCUCACACAAGAGGAAAUUGUAGAAGAAAUACCGAAAAUGGGAAUAAAAGUUCGCGAUUUUGCCUAUGAGGCUGUUCCAAUUCCGCAGCGCGCUGUCGAGCUCUUUGAUCCACUACAGGCGUGGAACACGUACGAGACCGUAAUUUCACACCCCACUAUGAUGCGACCAUGUCUUCCAGGGAAAAUAACGCGUCGCUUGCUCGAUAUUGGCUGGCUUAAGAGAGAAGAGGAAGAGGAACGAUGGUCUAAUAAAGAUAGGGAAGCACUUGAAGCCUACGACAAAAGACCGCAUUACCCAUGGCGCGCGUACAACCUCCCCAAACCCAAGCGGGAAGUACUUGCCAAGACAUGGAGAACGAGGUUUCAAGAUAUUACCGCUGAACAAAUGCUAGCGACGAUUUCCAGACCUUUCUCCCGGUUUAGGGUGCCUUUUGAGUUUGGCGGGAACAUGGAGAAAAAGCGUGGUGCCACUGCUGAUCAGGAGUUGCAGGGCGAGGAUGUUUCUCCGCAAACCAAAAAGCGACGCUUGGAGCAGCAAGACGCAGCGUCUUUGGCACCAAUGCUGAGCCAGCCACCUGUUCUAGUUAAUGGCCGGCCGCCUCAACAAUACCCAGCUGGCAAUCCUGCAGAUAUGCAGAAGCCACCAUCCUCCUUUCAACCAACUUCUAGUCGUACGCUUCAGCGCGUAUCUUCCUAA